CUCACUCACGCAACACACAAUACUUCCACCCUCACCAUUUGAGUUCAUAUCAUUCGUCUUCUUCUUCCAACGUGAAGCAAUCUCUGUGUUCGAAAUGGCUCGUACGAAGCAAACCGCAAGGAAGUCCACCGGAGGAAAAGCUCCGAGGAAGCAACUCGCCACGAAAGCAGCACGCAAGUCCGCUCCGGCGACCGGCGGCGUGAAGAAGCCACACCGUUUCAGGCCGGGUACGGUGGCGCUGAGGGAGAUCCGAAAAUACCAGAAGAGCACCGAGCUUCUCAUAAGGAAGCUUCCUUUCCAGAGACUCGUAAGGGAAAUCGCUCAGGACUUCAAGACCGAUCUCCGCUUCCAGAGCAGCGCUGUCUCCGCUCUGCAGGAAGCCGCGGAGGCCUACCUUGUUGGGCUGUUCGAGGACACCAACCUCUGCGCCAUUCACGCCAAGAGAGUUACCAUUAUGCCCAAGGACAUUCAGCUUGCUCGUAGGAUUAGGGGCGAGAGGGCUUAGGGUUUGUUCGUGUGAUGUACAAAGCUGUAGUACUUUCUUAGUGUUAUUGUUUUGUAAUCGAUUAUGAAACUUCUAUUUUCACUGUGACUGGAUUGGAAAAUCAUUUGUAGUAUGGAAAGUGUCAGUGGUGAAUCUUGAGAAUUACAUCGUCUUUGGUCUUUAA